CAUCAAGAAAAGCUCACCUAUUUCAAGAUCUCUGCUUGCUGUCAUUAAAUGGGAACACGAUCAAAACCGGUACAGAUCUAACACUAGUCUUCUAUGAUUCUAGACCCAACAAGAUGGCGCCCGGAAGACGUUCACGCACGCUGCGUCACGUGACCACGGCGGCGGAACUGGCUUUCUCUGACAGUCGGCUGUCGGUUCGUCUUGCCCCUCGUAAGAUGGCGCUGUUCUGGUCUGGGAAAUCGCUGGUGGCCGGGCUCUGGUUGUGGUUCCUCUGUGUUGUUGUCGCCGACGACGGGACCCAGAAGUGUGAGGAGCUGAGGCUGGGGCAAUAUGUGUGUGCGGACCCCGACAUCAACCCAGCAACGCAAGAGCCGGUCGGAUGUGCGAACUUUACAGCGGACGCUCCCUGUUACCCUGCACCAAAUAUUUCCUGUAAAGAUUAUCUUGGAAACAUAACCAUAUUCAACGGAUCAGGAAUCGGCUUCUUCAGGCCUUUCCCCUGCCGCAACGUAAAUGGUUAUUCCUACAAAGUGGCCGUGGCGCUGUCACUAUUCCUGGGAUGGUUAGGAGCCGACCGGUUCUACCUGGGUUACCCUGCUUUAGGAAUGCUGAAGUUUUGCACCGUUGGCUUCUGCGGGAUCGGCAGUCUCAUCGAUUUCAUUCUCAUCUCCAUGCAGAUAGUUGGCCCGUCUGAUGGAUCCAGUUAUAUCAUUGACUACUAUGGAGCGCGGCUCAUCCACCUGACUAUCAAUAAUGAGACAUUCAGAGAAUCGCAGUUAUAUCCGUGAUACCUUAGCGUUUCCUUCUUCAACGGAGAAUACUGUAACCCUCCUCCUUCACAAGACUGCAGAGAUUUCUCCAAGAAACCUCAUUCUCCGAAAGAGAAAACCAAAAGAGAUCAACAACCAUCUGCAGGAUCAAUAAAGUUGGUAAUAACAUUGUGGGUGAAAUCUUAGGAGCUGGAUGAGCGGUAAAAGACUAAAAGAGAAUUAUAAGGAAUUCCUGUCCGUUAAUAUUUAUUUUAUCAGAUGUCAGGGAUGGUCACGUAUUCUGGGGGUCUGCACCCCCCCCCCCCCUCCGGUCCUCAGUACCUGCCUUCGAAUGCCCGUUUCCUCCACAUCAUGCAACACACAAGAGCCGCGUUCUGAGAAGUAAAUAUAGUUUCUUGCACUCACUCGGCUCAGAACAGAACAUUGCUUUUUAAUCUAUCAUAGUGUUAUCAGCAUCUGCCAAGAACCCAGACGACGCUGAAAACAUAAGGAAUGAAUUAGGUUUCCGGACUAUUUGUGUUGCUGCAGCUAAAUAACUUUCCACCAUUAGAUUUCGGGAGAACAUUGUAUUGAUCUGGAAGGUGCCGGGAUUGUUUUGCAGCUUUGAUAUAUUCACACGGAUGCUUACCUGGAACUUUCUUUCCGCCUUUGUACCUUUUUUUUUCGGUCGAGGCUUUGACUUGCAUCUGGUGUUGGGCUGGGACCUUCACCAGCAAAUUGUAAGCGUGGUUGGCGUACCCGGCGGGAUGUCUUGUUCUUUUUUUUUUAUUUAUUUUUUAUUUAAAUUUUUUUUAUUUUAUUUAUAGAUACAAUAUACUGUAAUGCACUGAGGAACGUCAAUAAAAUAUAACGAUGACCUUAUUGGGGGUUUACAAACUAAAUUGAAGCUUUGGCAAUCUUUUUAUAGGCUGCAGCGAACAAACCUCUUAUUAGGGGGGGGUUCACAAACUAAAUCGUAGUUGCAACCUUAUAUAUUGCAAGGAUUGAUCUGCUGUGCAUUAAAGGGGUUAUCCAGAAA